AUGGCGCUGGUUCGUGGUGGAGAUGGAUUAGAAGAGAGGCGGAGGUGGAGAGAGAGGCAGAGCAUGCACCCAGACAAGGUCGAGGCAGAGAACAAGAACAAGAGCAAGAGCAUGCAUGGGAUCAUCCAUGUUUACUUCGAGGCGCUUUGGGAAAGGUGGGUACCUUUCCGUAGGUGCGGACGGGACGGGCAAAGUGAGUGUGGAUGGGUGGAUGCGAUGCAGUAG